CAACAAAUGAUAAUUUCGAAUCUGGAAGAGUGCGAUCUUGCAAAAAUGUUUACGCAAAAAGAAUGAAAUGACAAGAAUAUGAUACCAAUAAUAUCUUCCUUUCAGCUAAUGAAAGUUUGUUUCACCAUGGGGAUCUUGACCUCGGCUCUGAAGUCCGAGAGGCCCUCAACUUGAAAGUCAUGCAGUAUAAUGGCAAAGAUAUUACUAAGACCAAGAAGUUUAGGACCAAAAAUAAGCAAAAUAGGAGCAUCAAAAAUAGUUAUAUUACAAAGAACCGGCCUCAAACAAGCAAGAAUAAAACUUCUGAUAAGCUAUUUGUACAAUCCUCGAAGAUAAAAUAAGAGCUUAACAAGGUCUCAGAAGAAGCGGAAGAACCAUAAGGCAGCCCAUCUGGUUCUGAACAUUCCAAAUAGAAUAGUGAGACGUCAGCUAAGCGCAAAGAAAGAUGGAUGGAAUUCCUCCACUCUUGAAUGUGACCUUUCAAAGGAGAAAGCUACUCCUGAUAAAAGAAAAAGAAAGUAUAGAAAGCAAUUCAAUCGUGCUAAAACUUUCCUGAAGAAUUACAAAACCACUUUGAAGGGCAAGACAAGAAAGAAUCAGAAUUUAAUGGUUGCUCAAGAGCCUCGAAUCACUAAGCAAUACAAGAACUUUAAGUGAAAGAAAAAUUCAGUAUUGGGUAAAAACAAGUUGACUAUGAGAAAUCCUGAUGCUAAGGCACUCUUUUUAGUAUAAUUUAUAGAAAAAC